AUCAAACAUGAAACCUUUUAAUCGAUUAAGAGGGUUCUAAAACUCCCAAAAUAAACCCUACAACACUUUCACUUAUCAGUCUCGGGGGCGGCGACGACGACAACAUCGUUCUCUUGUUUUCUCGUCAUGUUCUGUUUGAAAAUCGCAGGUAAUCUCGUCAACAUCGUUCUCUUCCUUUUCCUGAUCAGUUAAGAAAUUGCGGUUAGGUCGGUAUAGAACCGGUUUCGUCUGGUUUAAAGUACAAAAUCCCUCGCGUGUUAAUAGAAGGAAAGAAACUGUAAUAAAAACGCUGGCGUCAUCAGUAAGCUAAACAGUUUAGGAUCCAACGGUGGAGAGAGCUGCGUGAAGAUUGCAGACAGAAAGAAUCUAACGGUGAUAAGUUAUCAGCGUGAAACUGAAGCUUCCGUCCGAUUUCUCUGUUUUAAAACCCCAAAUCUCCCUCUCAUUCCCUCUCAUCUCUUCUCAUCUCUUCUCUUUGUUUACACAUACACCUCAUAAGAAGAGUAGCAAACACAUCGCUUCUCCUCUCCUCUCGCAUUAUCCGAAAACAUGAAAGAUUUGUGGAAGGCUGCAUUUCCAGUGGGAACUGAGGUGGACCAAUUAGAUACAGUCUACGAUGGAUUCAAUUGGAAUUUCAAAACUGUUGAAGAAGCAUUUGAAGAAGGAGGAAUGCUCUAUAGGAAGACAGUCUAUGUUUUUGGUGGUGCAGAACUUCAGCUCGUCCUCUACGAAGAUGCACACAUGAUUAUCAAUGUCCCAACAGUUAUUGUUAUUGAAUCACCCAUUCCGCCUUCUGACAAGCUAGAUAUCGGAUCGAUUCAGCGUGGAAUGGAAAUCAUUCCAAUGAAGCAGAUGGGGAUGGAAUGGGUUCCUUACAUUCCUUCUGAUAAUAGAGAUGGACAAGUUGAUAGGAUAAACUCUCAAAUUUUCAGCAUGCGUUGUACUAUGACUAGAGAUACUCUCAGAGAUAUGAAUGAAGAUGAUGCUAAGAAGUUCUCCUAUUGCCUUGCUUAUUUCUAUCAACCAUUUGAGGAAUCUGAAAUAGAACAUGAUGCUGUAGUCGAUAUAUUGUUUCCCUCUAAUCCGCCGAUUUAUUGUGUUUUUAACUGGGAGCUUCAAAAACUUGAGGAAUUUGUUGAUAGUCUGAUUCAAGAAGGACAAUUAUCUGCAGAACAAAAGAAUGAAUUCAAAGAAUUUGUCACAGAGCAUGUUGGAGAAGCAAUGAGAGCUAAACGAGAGGCAAGAGAAGCUCGACUGAAAGCGAUAGAAGAAAUGAGCGAAGAAACUAAGGAAGCCUUCGAAAACAUGAAGUUCUACAAAUUCUACCCUCAGCCUUCACCAGACGUCCCUAGAUUCCAGACGUCGUCGCUCAUUAACCAAUACUACAGGAAUGCUCAUCAAGUCCUUUGAUAUGGUGGGAACCCUUCAAGAACCAAGAACAAAUGCCUACCUAUAUAUAGUUAAAAAUUUGAAUUUUUUUAUCUUUUAUCUUUUGUUUUUUUGUUUUAUUACUAAGAUGUAAAAGCCUUUAAAUUUUUCUUUAAAAGAAUAUGAAAUUUCUCAGAUACAAAUUACACUUUGCGUUUCUUGA